AUGGCAGUGCAUUUGAACUCCGUGGACAUUGUCAAGGGCUGGACAAGGGCAACUUCAGUGGUGUGGAUCAUGCUGGCAGUGUCGGAGCUUGACCCCUCAGAGGAAUCCACCAAGGCUUUUGUGAAGCCUUUAGAAAAGGUUGUGAUUGGCAUGAGCAAGGAUCAGCAGUCUUUCCGGAACAUGAGCCUCAGCUUUCGUGGAGCAGAAAGGCAAUCUCCAAGUGUUCUUCAAAUGGCUCUCCGCUUUUCAGUCAUCAUGGAGCGGCAGGCUACCACGAUGUCUGGCAAUACUGAGUCAAGGCUCAAGAAAGUCAUCAAGCAGUUCAACGAGAGCGACGGACUUCAUGUGAAGCACCAAGUCGACUCAGAGAAGGAGCGGACCAUUCUGAACCUAAUCGUUGGGACUUGCAAGGCAACACGGGACGUGAUGUCUCAACAUCUAGCCUUCGCCAAAUGGCGCGAGAGCGCGUUCAGCACUGAUCUCCUGAAAGGCUCGCGAUGGCUGCUAGGUGCCCGACCUAAAGGCCUUCCGGAGUCUUUGCAUGAAGCCCUGGUGGUCACGCCAGAGUCGCAGACCAUGUUGAUGCAGCUCCAUGUCAAGCGCUUUUUUGCAGGCGACCAGGUGGAUGAGAAGCUGUUGGAGGCUUUCAUGGCCAGGGACUACUUCCAGGACAUUGAAGCAGUGGUCACAAGCAAGAACCCUUCAUUUCAGUUGCGAUCAUUGAUUGUUUGGAGUGACUUGGUGGAGCCUCCGAUGUUGCCGGCGAGCUUGCAAGGAGAGGAAUCCGUGGACGUGCUUGCGGCCCAAGAGCAAGCCUCUGCUGCAAAAUUUGCGGAGAUCAAGGUCAAGCUCGCGGCAGAUUGCAAGGCAAUGAAUGCCUUCAAUUCCGAGAAGUCACAGGUUGCUGGGAAGCAACACGUGACCAAGGUGCUUCAUGAGAAAGCUCAGAAUGAGACUGGAUCCAAGGUGGUCAUGGAUUUCAUGCAGAAUCAUUGCUGGAUGGGGCUGGUGGCUGAUUGGAGUAUGCCGGCUGAAGUGGAUGUCAUGUUGCGUGCUACUGCGGCUCGCAAUCAGGUGGCGCUGGAAAAGGUCAACGUGAUUGGCUGGGUUGAUCUGACCAAAAUUGGUGUCGUCACCCAGAAGGACAUCAACAAGGUGGAUCGCGACGACGUGAAUGUGUUCUGCUUCUCGAAGCUGUGGCAGAAUCAGGUGGUGUCAUCACCUGCCCGUGCAAUUGACGAAAGUCAAUUUGUCAUCCCGGGGCUGAGCAUAGUUGCAUCCAGCGCGGAAGGCAGUGGGGUAGAGAUGAAGGCAACAGUUGUUGUGAACUCCACCGCCUACGACGGAUGCCUCGAGAAGGUGUGCGUUGGCAAGGGGCUGCCAUGUGUGUCCCAAAGUGAGAAGCAAACCCACUUCACCAUGUCCUUGAAGCUCACCAAGUCCGCCCUUCUCGAUCAGUGGAAGAAGGGUAGUGGAGCGAUGGCUGACAGGCUGCCCCGCUAUAUUUCUGAGCCCAAUGCGGAAGUGAUGCCUUCUGAUCCGGCGGAGCCAACUUUGACAGUGUGUUCCAUGGUUGAUGGUACUUUGUGCUUGCCUCGCAACAUCCGCUCGGAGUUCCUGUCAGACCCCAUCAGGAGCCCAGAGUGGAGAAAGAUUCUUCAAGAAUUCGACAGGUGCUUCGGAACAUCAGCGCCCGUGCCUGCAGGGCCUUCUGUGACUGAGGCUGGUGGUGCGGGCAGCGGUGAGCCUGAGCCUGCUCCACAAAAUGCAACCCCUGGCUUUGAUUGGGAAACUGCUUUCGAUGAGCCAAGGGCUGCUGAGCAGUGGCAUACGAAGUACGACGGGCUCAUUCAGGGCAAGUUCUCAUGGUGCCCGGAACUGACUGCUUACAUCGCAUAUACAUUGCCGGCUGACGAGGCCUUCUUGACGUAUGGAGCUGGGACAUGGCUUCUCGACAGCAAGGCGGAGAGCUUCUUGUCCGAGAACUCCGAGCAUGGGCACAAGGCCGUGGAGUGCAAAUUUCAAUCUGACUUGGUUCCAGUGGUGCUGGAG